UUCUCAGUCCAAUUGUGUGUUGUAGGGCUCCUCCUAUCUCGUUGUCUCCCUGCUGGAUGUAAAGACAGUCAUCAGUGCACAGUCCCUUCACCUCCUAUUCCCUUCAGUCAAAGAAUGGAAUGUCUGAAAGGGCUUCGGUUUAUAAAGAAUGAAAUUGUUAUAUUUUUCACCCCGUUAAUCCUUCUUCCAUUGCCUUUGGUGAUCGGGACCAAGGAAGCAGGAUGUGCUUAUGUGAUCAUCCUCAUGGCAGUGUUCUGGUGCACGGAGGCCUUGCCGCUGGCUGUCACUGCCUUACUCCCAGCUCUCCUCUUCCCUCUGUUUGGAGUCAUGAAAUCACAAGACGUGUGUAUGCAGUACCUUAAGGACACCAACAUGUUGUUUGUGGGGGGUCUGAUGGUGGCAGUGGCCGUAGAGCACUGGAACCUGCACAAGCGCAUCGCCCUGCGAGUGCUGCUCUUCGUAGGGGUGCGUCCCGCCCUUCUGAUGCUAGGCUUCAUGGGGGUGACAGCCUUCCUGUCCAUGUGGAUCAGCAACACGGCCACCACGGCCAUGAUGGUGCCCAUCGUGCAGGCAGUGCUGAAGCAGCUCAACGACCAGGCAGAGAUGCCUCAGAUCCACAGCACUGUGGAGCAGGCCCAGGCCCAGAACCAGCCGGAACAGAUCAAGCCUGAGAGCAAACAGCCAGAGAAGCUGCCAGAAGGACCAGUGGUGGUGACCUUCCUGGACGCGUCCGCUGAGUUGGCGCGGCGUAAAGAGGUGGCAGAGAGACGCAAGAUGUGUAAAGGCAUGACGCUGUGUGUGUGCUACGCUGCCAGCAUUGGGGGCACUGCAACCCUGACUGGAACAGGCCCUAACCUGGUGCUCAAGGGCCAGAUGAACCAGCUCUUUCCUGACAACGGAGACGUCAUCAAUUUUGCGUCCUGGUUUGGAUUCGCUUUCCCCAACAUGGUGUUCAUGCUCACUCUGGCUUGGCUCUGGCUUCAGUUUGUCUACAUGGGCUUCAACUUCAGGAAGACUUGGGGCUGUGGGUCGGUGAAGACUGAGAAGGAGAUCGCCGCGUACAACGUGAUCCGUGAGCAGUACCGUCAGCUGGGCCCCAUGUGCUUCGGGGAGCUCAGCGUCCUGGGCCUCUUCUCCCUCCUGGUGCUGCUGUGGUUCACCAGAGACCCAGGCUUCAUGCCCGGCUGGGCCACAAACGUCUUCAACUCCGAAGCCGAGUAUGUGUCGGAUGCCACCGUAGCAGUCUUCAUCGCUGUCCUCCUGUUCGUCCUGCCCUCCAGGCUCCCUCGCUUCUGCUUCUGGAGGUCUCGGGGCUUCGACAUAGAGCCCAGGCCACCGGCUGGCCCCACCCCUGCUCUGCUCACCUGGAAGGUGGCUCAGAAGAAGCUGCCCUGGAGCAUUGUGCUCCUUCUGGGGGGAGGUUUUGCCCUGGCCAAGGGCAGUGAGGUGUCGGGGCUGUCUAAGUGGAUGGGUGAUCAGAUGACUCCUCUGCACACUAUCCCUCCAUGGGCAAUAGCCAUCAUUCUAUGCCUACUGAUUGCCACGUUCACAGAGUGCACCAGUAAUGUGGCCACUGCCACCCUCUUCCUACCCGUCCUCGCCUCCAUGUCUCAGUCCAUUGGGAUGAACCCUCUGUAUGUCAUGGUGCCCUGCACGCUCAGUGCCUCCUUUGCCUUCAUGCUCCCCGUGGCAACGCCGCCCAACGCUAUCGUCUUCUCCUUUGGCUACCUCAAGGUUUCUGACAUGGCAAAGACAGGGGUGGUCAUGAACAUCAUUGGGAUUCUGUGCAUUACACUGGCCAUCAACAGCUGGGGCAAGGCUAUGUUCAACCUGGACACUUUCCCAUCCUGGGCCAACGUCACUGGGGUGUGAGCCUGGGUAGGACCAGGCCCCUGGAACCUGAACAGACGGGCCCUGCCCUGCCCUGCACCCCCCCCCUCCCUCCUCCAGGUCCAUAGGGUGCCAGGAACCCCCUAGUCUCCAGACAGAAAGCAAAGCCAGACUGUCUACGUUCAUGGUGUUGAGACAGAGAAAGACCUGUCGCUGAGGACCCUGAAUGGAAAGAUGUCACCUGAUUUUUGCCUGGUGACUUAGAAAUGACUGAAGGGCAGAGAUGGAAGAGUUUCGUGGCUGUAAUACUUUGGCUUGACUGGUUAUGAUAGUCAUGCAGCCUGAGUAUGUAGGUUGUUAUUGAGAAAUGCCCUUCAUCUCUUUUCACUCUCGGAAGUAAACAAAGCUCUUUCUAUCUUUAAAGUGUCCAGUCUUUUCAAGGCCUUUUGUUUAUUCAGUCCAUGGCCACUGUAUAUAUGUUAGAAAGGUAAUUGACUGCUAAACUCAAUCCAAAACUGCUUUUAACAAAUUGUGGGUUAUAAGUCAUUGAUCCAAACAAUAUGUGCUGAUUCCUAUCUAUUAUGUAUUUCCUAUAUUGCUUGUCGUCUAGUAGAUUGUUAUGUUUUGUUUUAAUUCGUUUUUUUUUCAAAUUUUCACACUGUAUUGCUGAAACAUGAUACUUUAUAAAUUCCAACUUGACUUGAACUUUGAAUGUCAUGAUAACAAAGUGUUUAUGUGCAUACAAGAUGGUUGUCUUUUCAGUUGAGAUAUGAAAACAACUAUUUCUCAGAUUUAUGAACAAGAUUAUUUAGAACAAUUUAUGAGCUCAUUUGGACGUGAGAUAAAAAGGUAUACAAUUGUAUACUGUACUGCAUAUUGUAAUGUCAACUGGAAUUGCAAAAGCCUGUAACAAUAAAUAAAGCAUAUUGGCUGGUUGCAAAUUCAGUGUGUGUCAGGUAAAAUAGUACUUUAAAGUCAGGUUUUACUGUAACGGACA